AGUUGUGCAGCAGUAUACGCCUCCUACCACAAGACUAUCUUAAUUACAAGACCACCUUCAUUAAAGAGAACGAAAAGUACGGCGAACUACGUCUUGCUCAGGCCAGAUCGCUUAUAAGAAUCGACGUCAACAAGACGAGAAAAAUGUACAACUUUUUUGUCGAUAAAGGAUGGGUUUUAAAACCUGAAGACUAAUACAAGCAAGGUACACGGCAUUUCCAUAACAACGUCCCUCCCUCUUGCGAAUGGAUAUUCGAAGUCACCUCAUUUUCCAUAUAUUUAAAAAAAUCUAAAACACGACCACAUUGAAUGCUGGUGGACCAUGUCCCUUUAAUAUAUAUUUACAUGUUUUGAACCAAAAUGACUGAAAAACGACCAAUUACUGAUGAUUACUGAUGUCAGCUUCAAGAUAGUGUUACUCUGCGCACUUCAUCUUAGUCAACUAGCGAGCAGUGCAUUGGUGCUAAGAAGCAUUACACAUGUAAAACUAAACUUAAAUGGACUCGUUUUUGCCAACAUUUAAUCUUAGAAGUGCUUUUUUUUCCUCCAAAUUAUUCAAUAAUCUUACUUUUGUAAAUAACUUAUUAAAUUUUAAUACUUAAUUUUA